AUGGCCGGUGGUGCAGCUCUCGGCGUGGGCGGCGUCGAUGCCCUGCGGGUCGAGGCGCCCGUUACCAUCAAAACUUACUUGAUGUGUGCCUUCGCUGCCUUUGGUGGUAUUUUCUUCGGUUAUGAUUCCGGAUACAUUGGCAGUGUUCUCAGUAUGGAUUACUUUAUCGAGACCUUUGAGCAUCUGGACAAAGCUACAACCCCUGCCGCCCAAUUCGUCAUUCCCUCUUGGAAGAAGUCCCUCAUCGUCUCCAUUCUCUCAGCCGGUACAUUCUUUGGUGCACUGAUUGCUGGUGAUAUCGCAGACUGGUAUGGUCGUCGCACAGCCAUUAUCUCUGGUUGCGGUGUGUUCAUUAUCGGUGUGGUUCUCCAAACUGCCUCCAGCAGCUUGGGCCUGUUAGUUCCUGGUCGUCUGAUUGCUGGAUUCGGUGUCGGUUUUGUUUCGGCCAUCAUUAUUCUAUAUAUGUCGGAGAUUGCCCCCCGUAAAGUACGUGGUACUAUCGUCUCGGGUUACCAAUUCUGCGUCACUAUCGGUCUGAUGCUGGCGUCUGUCAUCGACUAUGGCACCUCAAAUCGCAAAGACUCCGGCGCAUACCGUAUUCCUAUUGCCCUCCAACUCCUUUGGGCUAUCAUCCUCGCCACUGGUCUCUUCUUCUUGCCUGAGUCACCUCGUUACUAUAUUCGCAAGGGCGACAAAGAGAAGGCUCGCGAGGUUCUUUCUCGCGUUCGCGGCCAGCCUAUUGACUCUGAGUAUAUCAGCCUUGAGUUGACGGAGAUCGAUGCCAACUUCCAGUACGAGCAGCAGGUGAUUCCUGAUGGAGGCUACUUUGCUAGCUGGAAGAACUGCUUUACUGGUAGUCUUUUCAAGGCCAACAGCAAUAUUCGCCUUACUAUUCUGGGUACUUCUUUACAGAUGAUGCAACAGUGGACUGGUGUCAACUUCGUGUUCUACUUUGGAACUACUUUUUUCACCCAAUUAGGCACGAUUUCAAACCCCUUCUUGAUUAGCAUGAUCACCACCAUUGUCAACGUGCUCUCGACUCCUAUCUCUUUCUACAUUAUUGAGAAGUUCGGUCGUCGCACUAUCCUCCUGUGGGGUGCCCUGGGUAUGGUCAUUUGUCAGUUCAUCGUCGCUAUCGUCGGUACAGUCGAUGGACAAAACCACUCGGCCGUUAGCGCUAUGAUUGCAUUCAUUUGUAUCUACGUCUUCUUUUUCGCUAUCACCUGGGGUCCUGGUGCCUGGGUUGUGAUCGGCGAGAUCUUCCCUCUCCCUAUCCGUUCCCGUGGUGUGGCCCUUUCUACCGCCUCCAACUGGCUCUGGAACUGCAUCAUUGCCGUCAUUACUCCCUACCUGGUUGACGCUGACAAGGCUAACUUGGGCCCCAAGGUCUUCUUCCUCUGGGGUUCCCUCUGCUUCUGCGCCUUCGUCUACACCUACUUCCUCAUUCCCGAGACCAAGGGCCUGUCCCUGGAGCAAGUCGAUAAGAUGAUGUCGGAGACCAACCCCCGUACCUCCGCCGGCUGGCAGCCACACUCCACCUUCGCCGAUGAGAUGGGUCUCACCGACAUGAAGGGUAGCAUUGGCCACACAGUCACCCAGGUGGAAGCCUAG